UCCGAAACUGGUAACAAAGCUGAAAUCUACGAGAUGGACGUGAAGGCAGCAAUGCCGUGUAAUUGCAUUCCAAAAUGACGGACCCGACGACGUCGCCAGAGGACCACUGGAAAACAGAUGGUGCCUUCAGCGACAGUGGCUUUGACCACAAUUUCUUUGCUGAAACUGCCAGAAAGGGUACCGUCGUGUCCAGGGCCAACAGUAUCGGCUCGACAAGUGCCUCUUCGGUACCAAACACAGAUGAUGAAGACAGUGACUACAGGCGUGAGACGUCAUAUAAGGAUGAAUAUAAAGAUCGGCGGAGGCAAGCGCACACACAGGCUGAGCAGAAGCGCAGGGAUGCUAUCAAGAAAGGUUAUGAUGAUCUCCAGGCGAUAGUGCCAACUUGCCAGCAGCAGUCUGAAUUUGCAGUGGGAGCACAGAAGAUCAGCAAGGCUACAAUUCUGCAGAAAACAAUUGACUACAUCCAUUUUCUUCAUAAAGAAAAGAAGAAGCAAGAGGAGGAAGUUUCUGUACUGAGGAAAGAAGUGAUGGCACUGAAGAUCAUGAAAACGAACUAUGAGCACAUAGUGAAGGCCCACCAGAACAACCCACAGCAGGGAGAUCAGGUGUCUGACCAGGUCAAGUUCAACAUCUUUCAGAGUAUCAUGGAUUCCCUGUUCCAGUCGUUCAGCAAUUCUGUGUCAGUGAACAGCUUCCAAGAACUCUCCGCCUGUGUUUUUAGCUGGAUCGAGGAGCACUGCACACCACAGACACUGAGGGAGUUUGUGGUCGGGGUGCUCCGGCAGCUCAGUGGUCAGCUUUAUUGAUCCAGUGAAACCUCUGGACUGAACUCCCAGACUUUGGGCUCGCGCUGGCCUCUCAGGGUGGAGUAAAAACUUUUAUCAGCCUCAGGCCACACCACAGUAUUUACACUCACUUCAGCUCAUCUGUGCCUCCCUGGCUGCAAUUGGAUUACCUCAGCCCACACACCAUGGACAGAGAUGAAAAGUUGCAUUGGAUUGAGCAGUUUUAUGUUUAAGAGUGAUCACUUCCUGAUCUCUUUCUAACUGUAAGUGUACAUACAUAGAUAGCUGAAUAUAUCUCAGCCUCUGCUGACUGUUUGUGUUUCUUACUGUUAUUCUGCAAAGAAAUGCAACGAAAACACAACAGCUCAGAACUCACAGUAAGACAUUGCAAAUGAAUGUGUGUUAAAUGCAUUGGGCAGGCAAACCAGUAGCAUGCAUCUUGUUGCAGUAACUGUCUGCAGUGACUGGAGCUGCCCCCUUUUAGAGAUUAAUAAUCACUGGGAAGAUUCAUCAGCAAGAGUCUGCUCACAGACUGAGUAAAUUGAUGGCAUUGCAUCCGCAACUUGUUAAUUUAACAAAUGGAAAUAGAGAAGGGUGAUGGGAAACUCAUGAGCCCGCACCUUCCCCCUUGUCACUAUUGAGCAGUUUCUACCUUAAUGCUGAAUCAAAGGGCUCCUCUCAGCUUCAGUGCACAAACAUUGUGAGUCAGCCAUAUCACUCCUGAAUGAUAGCAUACAAUAGAAAAUACUCCACUACUACUUUACGGCAGGGCAACUGUCACUUCUCCUAACUGUUCAAUCAGGAGCAAGCAAGAGACAAACUGUGAGGUUUUUAUCAAUGCAGCUGUGAUGAGCCAACAAAGAUGCUGAAAUCUCAUGGGUGACAGGUGUGCAAUGUAGGUAGCAUACAAGUGUAAAAUGUAUGAAUCAUUGUUUAUAUACAGUUUAUUUACUUUGAGUUUAAUUGAGCUACACCGCACAUUGUGAAGCGAUCAUGUUUAUAUACAGGCAGUCAUUCAAUUGCAGUUAUACAUGUUGUGUUUAUUUGGGAGAUGAUGUUAAGUCUUGAUUUUGAUGAAUCUGUCAGAUUGCAGUUUUCUCUUCAAUCGGGUUUCAUUAGUUUUAAUGCCAACAUGAUAAAUGCUGUUUACUUUAUCAGUGGCUUUUGUGAUCAGUAACAGUUCAUUAGAAAUGGUGUGAUAGUCAGCAUCACUGUGAUGAAAGUGUUUUGUAGCGUACAGCAGUCACAGGCUUCUGGAGAGAUACUGAACAGAGCCAUGCACAGAUUUACAGCCAUGCUGUACUGAAAUGAAAAUAUGUGAUUUUCAAAUAGAUGACAUAAAGCUAAUUUUUUGACAGAUUUGUUUCCAUAGUUGUUCUACUAUUUCUGCUUUAAUCACAGGGAAACGCUGAUUUUUGCCCUGUCUUGUCAUGUUGCUUUAAGUGUUUUGAUAGUUCUUUUACAAAAGCCAUUUACACUCAGUGGUUACUUUAGUAGGUACACCCAUAAUAUCUAAUGCAAUCCAAUACACCAGCUCAGCCUUUAAAAAAUAACAGUGUUCAAUGUUUUUGUCCUCACUGUCAAAAGGUAUUACUGAGGUUGUAGGUUGCAGCGAUGUUGAACUGGAUUUGCAAACAUAAUGCAGCCCAGCCCAAGUUAUAUUAUUACAUCUCUGACCGUGUUAACAAAAACUGAACAUUAUCUUAUUUUGGGGAAUAGAAUUUAAGGCAGAGCUCUUGUUAAAUUGCAUUGCACCUAAAAAAGUGACCACUGAAUGUAUAUUACCAUCCAAAGAGUGAUAUCAACAGAAAGGUUUAAAAAAAAAAAAAAAAAAACAGCCGAUGAACCUGUAAAACCUCCUCAGUGCUUUAAGAUAGCUGAGAAAGAGGUGCAUUUCUCUCAUAAAUAUUUUGGCUGCAAUAUUGAAUGAAAUACCUGAAAAUUACAAAUAACUGUCCAUGCUUCAUACAUUCAGUCAUUUAUUGCCAGUUUUCAAAAAAAAAAAAAAACAUGGCAGCAAGAUGGACUUAAACAUGUAAUGAGAACAACAAAAAAUGUAAACAUCUCGAAGCUAUAAUAAAAAAUUUGUAGACACUUUCAUCAUAGGCUUAGGAUUGGUUUCAUGGCUUUAAAAAGGGAAAACUUAAACAACGUUGCCUAUGAGGUGACCAGCAUCCCUCAGUGCUGUCUAAUGACUUGAUGUAGUGCUAGUGUCACCAAAGUGAUAAAGCUAUUUUUAUAUGAGUAUACUUUAAAAUACAAUAAGUGUUUUUUCCAUUCAACUUUUAUUAAAGAUGUACUAUUUGUUCAAAAGAAAGGUUAUAAAUAAAGUAAUGUGCUGUAGCUCAAA